UGGUUGCGUUAUUGGGCGAGGCCUCCUCCCCGCGGGGGAGGGAGGGAAGCAAGAUGGCCGAAGCUUCUCCUCAGCCCGGGCGGUACUUCUGCCACUGCUGCUCGGCCGAGAUCGCGCCGCGGCUGCCGGAUUAUAUCUGCCCAAGGUGUGAAUCUGGUUUUAUUGAAGAGCUUCCAGAGGAGCCCAGGAAUAUUGAAAAUGGCUCCAACUCUUCAGCCUCCACCAGCGACCAGAGCAGGCAUCCGUUCGAGAACGUGGAUCAGCACUUGUUCACCCUGCCGCAGGGCUACGGCCAGUUUGCCUUUGGGAUAUUCGAUGACACUUUUGAGUUUCCAGCCUUUGGGUCCAACGCACAGUCGGAAGACAACCGGGACGCCGAGAACCGGCGGGAGAGGGAGCACCAGUCUCGGCACAGAUACGGCGCCCGGCAGCCCCGGGCUCGCUUCACCACACGGCGGGCCGCUGGCAGGCAUGAAGGGGUGCCGACGCUAGAAGGAAUUAUCCAGCAGCUGGUCAACGGGAUAAUUGCGCCCACCACGAUACCAAACCUCGGCGUGGGCCCCUGGGGAGUUUUGCAUUCGAAUCCCAUGGACUACGCCUGGGGGGCCAACGGCUUGGAUGCCAUCAUUACUCAGCUACUGAAUCAGUUUGAAAACACGGGACCUCCCCCUGCAGACAAAGAGAAGAUCCAAGCCCUCCCGACUAUUCAUAUAACAGAAGAACACGUAGGUUCUGGCCUGGAGUGCCCCGUCUGUAAAGAAGAUUACGAAGCUGGCGAGAGCGUGCGGCAGUUACCCUGCAACCAUUUAUUCCACGACGGCUGUAUAGUCCCCUGGCUCGAACAGCACGACACCUGUCCAGUGUGCCGGAAAAGCUUGAGCGGACAGAACACAGCCACAAACCCCCCGGGACUCUCAGCAAUGAAUUUUGCCUCUUCAUCUUCCUCCUCCUCCUCCUCUUCCUCCAGUUCACCAAGUAACGAAAAUUCUGCGAACAACUCAUGAAUCUCUCAAGAAAAAUGAAAAUAAGUUGCCAUCAGCAUUCCCUUCUUUAACGUCGCGGCCCUUCGCCACUUCCACCUGGGGCAAGGGGGGGAGGUCCCCCCCCCCCAGAACAGAGCAACGGGGUGGGGAGGAUGAGAGGUCCGAUAUUUUUCCAUCAUGACGGAGAGGCCUUCUUUUCCCCCAGGAUGUUCAGUGAUGUCACCGUCUCCAGAGCGGGGCAGUGGGGGGGGGGCUGUCCUUCAAAGGACUUCUAAAACCGGGGGCCCCCGCCCUGCAGAAAAACCACAGCCAUUGGCCCAUGAAAAGCACAGAGGGGGAGGCUGCAGUUACAAAGGGAAGGCGGUUCGCACGGCUGGGCUUGUCGUUUGGGACUCCUUGACCAUUUUGUCCCGAAUCUCCUUCCCUCUCUUUCACCUCAGCUCUUUACGUUCCGCGUUCCUCAGCCCUGAAAACGGCGGCGUAACCGACCCACAUCCACCCCCGUUCCUCCCCCUGGCAGGAUUUCCACACUGGGAAGGGGCUGCGGAAGCUUUCAGCCGGUCCUUGCGGAAAAGGGAUGUGAGCCUGGAGAAAUCUGACCUCACUUCCUGUCCCUGCGGAGCUUUGUCCUCACUCCUCUCCUCUCCCCCCCUCUCCUCCCCCCUUUUCGUUUACCAUCACCCUUUUGGCAAUGCGGUACCGAGAAAAGGGUUUUUUAUGAUUUUAAAUUAUUACUGCUAUUAAAUAAAUGGACAUUUCAGCUCCGCGAAUGUUACACACUGGGUUUCUGCUAGCAAAACGAAGCGAGAUCUUUGGACGGAAGGGUUGGGGGGGGGGGAGCCCCUUCAGCAGGUGAGUUCUCAUCCACCUCUCUUUUGAUCUAAUCCAAAGUUGCACCUUUGGGCUGGCCAGGUUUCCUCAUGUGGCAUUUCGUCAAUAAAAUCUUUGAGUCUCUUCCAGGGCUGUUUCUGGGGAGCUUACUGCACACAACGAUGAAAACGAAA